AUGGCCGCCGGGGCCUCGGCGCUGCGGGGUUCGGCGCGGGAGGCGGCGUCGGUGCUGGGCGGCGGCGGGCUGCUGCUGGCGGCGUACCUGGCGGCGUCGGGGGACGAGGCUUUCUACGCGCGGCUGCUGAUGCCGGCGCUGCAGCGCCUGGCCGCGCCCGAGGCGGCCCACCGGCUGGCCCUGCGCCUCGCCGCCCUCGGGGGGCUGCUGCCCGGCCGCCCCGGGGACCGCGACUCGCCGCUCCUGGAGGUGGAGGUGUGGGGGCGGCGCUUCGGCAACCCGCUGGGGCUGGCGGCGGGCUUCGACAAGCACGGCGAGGCGGUGGACGGGCUGUACCGGCUGGGCUUCGGCUUCGUGGAGGUGGGCAGCGUCACCCCGCAGCCCCAGCAGGGCAACCCGCCGCCCCGCGUCUUCCGCCUGCCCGAGGACCAGGCCAUCAUCAACAGGUACGGCUUCAACAGCCAGGGGCACGCGGCCGUGCGGCGCCGGCUCUGGGCCCGGCGGGAGGCGCAGCGGCGGCUGAGCGCAGCGGGGCGGCCCCUGGGCAUCAACCUGGGCACGAACAAGGGCUCGGCGGACCCAGCGGCCGACUACGCAGCAGGGGUGCGCGCCCUGGGCCCCCUGGCCGACUACCUGGUGGUCAACGUCUCCAGCCCCAACACGCCGGGCCUGCGGGCCCUACAGGGCAAGGGGCAGCUCCGCCUCCUGCUCCUCCGGGUGCUGGCCGAGAGGGACGCUCUGACCUCCGAGCGGAAGCCGGCCGUGCUGGUGAAGAUUGCGCCCGACCUGACCCUGCAAGACAAGGAGGACAUUGCCAGCGUCCUGUGCGAGCUGGGCGUCGAUGGGCUCGUGGUCACAAACACCACCGUGAGCCGUCCUGCGACUCUCCGCGGGGCUCUUCGUGAUGAAGAGGGGGGGCUGAGCGGGGCACCCCUGCGCCAGCUCUCCACACAGACGGUCAGCGAGAUGUACUCUCUCACCCAAGGCCGGAUACCCAUCAUUGGCGUGGGUGGGGUCUGCAGCGGUCGAGAUGCCCUGGAGAAGAUCCGCGCCGGGGCCUCCUUGGUUCAGAUGUACACUGCCCUUAGCUAUCGUGGCCCCCCUGUUGUGGGUGCUGUGAAGCAGGAGCUGGAGGCCUUGCUGAGGGAACAAGGAUUUCGAAGCAUCCAGGAUGCCGUGGGAGCCGAUCACUGCCUCUGA